UGAUUGUGUAAAGUAAAGAAAAUAGAAUCCGUGAGUGGAAGAAAAGAAUCUGUCUGGAUCGAUCUGACCAUAAUAAUAAUAAUAAUAAAAACAUCAUCACAUCAAUAUAAUCGUCUACCGGAGAAGAGAGGGAUCAUAUUCAUCGAUGAUACUCCUCCAGUCCCAUUCUAGAUUCUUACUUCAAACUUUGCUCAAUCGGGUUCACAAUAUUGAAAAAGGUGUUGAACUCGAUCACCACUGGGUUGAGUUUGAUGAUGUUCGAUAUCAUAUUCAGGUGUCAAUGAAGAAUCCUCAUAUUUUCUUGCUAUCAGUAUCGUUGCCUACUCCAUCUUCAGAAACUAUUUUUGUCUGUGGACUUCCUUUUGGAGCCAUUGAAGCAAUAAAAGCUGCCUAUGGUAGUCAUGUGCAGAUUCUUGAUCCCCCAAGGGAUGGCUUUAACCUUACAUUGAAGAUAAAUCUGUCUAAGAUUCCUGCAAAUCAAGAUCAAAGACAUGCAUUUUUGGUAAAAGUUGCAUCAGUAAGGGAGGUCGUCCUUGGUGCACCACUAAGAGUAAUUUUAAAACACCUUGCUUCAAGAACAGUUGCUCCGGAUAUGGAUCGACUUGUUGCUCUUGUUCAUCGGCCAAAGGAAUCGUUUUUUCUUUUGCCUCAGGUGGAUAAGGUGACUGUGGUGUAUCCUAUGAGGUUCAACGAUUCGAUAGACAUCGUCCUUGCAACUUCAUUCUUGCAGGAAUUUGUCGAAGCCAGGCGUACAGCUGGACUUAAUAAUACACCUCCUUGUUCGUGGUCUCAUACUCCUCCAGUGGAACUGAAAGGAGUAUCUACUGAUGCAUUAUCUGCAAAUGCAGGAUUUGUAUCAUUUGUUAUCUUCCCUCGUCAUGUUGAAGGCCCGAAACUGGAUCGGACAGUAUGGAGUCUAUCAACUUUUCAUGCCUAUGUUAGUUAUCAUGUUAAGUGCUCCGAGGGAUUUAUGCAUACUAGGAUGCGUCGUCGCGUGGAGUCCUUGAUUCAGGCUUUGGGUCGUGCUAAACCAGAUCCUGAGAAUUCAAAGAAAACUUCACACAACAGAUCCUUCCAACGGCUGAGCCUCAAGGAUUCAAGAACCAACUCCUUUUCAUAAAGGUGAAGCUUGAUGAGAAAGUAAAGAUGUUCGGCUUCUUUGGACUAUAAAAUCGCCAACCAAGGAAUUGCUGGUGCAUGUUUGCAGAAUGUUCCAUGUGCUUGUAACGUGAAGAUGCAAUUCUUCUUUUUGACCUCUACAAGCUCAGUAUCUAAUGAAUUGCUGACUUAUUCUUGCAGACUGCCCCAGGUGCCUGUAAUUUAUUCGUAGGAAAAAGGAUACUAAUACAAGAAAAACGUCCGACCAAUUAGUUAUUAAAAAAAUGUACAAUUGUUUAUCAUCUGAGGCAUUCAUCUUUUUUCCAUUUAUUGUAAAUUUGUUGAUGCAAGUUUGAACUUGCAAAUGAGGUGGUAUGAAUAGGCUGCUUUAGCAUUUUAAGGGGUUCUAAGUUUAAACAGAUGCAAGAACAUGUAGUUGCAGUUCAAAUUCAUUGUGUUUACUAGUAAAAUUAUUCAUGGUUCUUUCAA